GACAGAAGCAGCGCGGGAGGAUAGCAAUUGGCCUAAACGGGAAACUGGCCCUCGAGUGUCCGUGGAGUGUGAAGGGAACACCCCGGACCUCGCCUCCCCACUCCGGCCACUCCUCUCCCUCUUCUUUCUCCACUCCGGCGAGCUGAUCACCUCCUCCUCCUCCCAUUUUUCUCCCUCGCCACCGGCGAGCUCCGUGCCUCCACAUGUUACACCCUCGACUAGACAUGCUCCUACUCUUCUUCGUCGUCGUGACGGCCAACCCCGGCGUCGCCUUCGCGGAGGACACCACGGGCAUCCACCACCCGCCUCUGCUCGACUGCUCCCCGGCGCCCGCGCCGUACAGGAACGACGACAGCGCGUUCCGUGCCAACUUGGCCUCGGCCCUCGGUGCCAUCCCCUCCGCCGCCGCGGCCGCGCCAAAGGGCUUCGCCACCACGCGGUCCAGCGGGGCCGGUCCCGACCGCGCCUUCGUGCGCGGCCUCUGCUUCGGUGCGAACGGUUCUUCCUCGACCGACGCCUGCCUCGCGUGCCUGUCCGCCGCUGCCAGGGACGUCACCCGCGGCUGCGGCGGCGUCAGCCGGCGCGCCGGCGUCUGGCGGGCCGGGUGCUUCCUGGCGUACGCGGACACCGACGCCUCGUCGGCCCGCGAGGACUUGUUCCACGGCUGGUUCUACGCCGGCCAGAACGCGACGGCGACGCCGCCUGAUCCCGUGUGCACGGGCGAACGCACAGCGGCGGACUGCGCCCGGUGCUUCGACGACUCUGCGCGAGCGGCGGCCGCCCUUGGGUGGCUGCCGAGGAUUCACGGAGAGGAGGUGCUGGUGGUCGGCUACACCUGCUUCCUCCGCGUCCAGAUAUCCGUGCUGCCGCACGGGUCGGGCUAUAUGAAUAGUCGAGGCUUUUUAUUCGCCGUAUGGAUGCUGAUAAUCGUUGCUGUUGCAGCGAUAAUACUCGGACUAACAUUCCUCGCGAUCUUGCAUAACUUGUAAGGUAGAUGGGGAAUUUUCUAUGUGAUGCACACUACCUGCAUUGAUGCCGUCAGAAGAUGUUGUGCUGCUCCUGUAACUUCAUUUUCAUGCUAUAUGUAUGCAUCUGAGGUAACUGCCACUGUUAAGUUCAGUAUGUUCAUUCAUGUCUAUUAUUGCAGGAGACUUGAGGAAAUAAAACUAAUCUGUAUAGUGGGUGUGUCUUGGUGGAGACAUGAGAAAGCGAAAAUCCAACGAGUUGUAUAACUCGCCGAUGCGUUGCUGAGAGAUGAACUGAACUGAGGAGGUACUGCUAGUAUUCAACUACCGUGGCUUGUUUGGAACACAAAUUUAGACUUUGUUGCCACAGAAAUUCAGGAGUGGAUGUCUCGUUUCGUUGGAAGUUCCUGAACUCCAACCGUUG